UGUGUGUGUGUGUGUGUUCUUGUUUAUAUGGUAUAGGGGGACAUUUGACCUGAAAUCUCACCAGCACUAUGAGGACAUUUUGGUUUAUGAGGACAUUUUCAAUGUCCCCAUAAGUCGGGCACUGUAGAAGUACUUAUUUCAUUGUUAUUAACUAUGUCCUGCUUUUUUAACUCAUGUCCUAAUAUACCAUAAAGACCUGGUUUUGUUGUGUAUCACACACAGCCCAUACUCCCCCUAUGUCUGGUUGUUGGUAGUGCAGCUUGAUACGAUUUUUUUUCAUUGGCUCAUGGGUUGUAUGCAUGUCUGAUCACCGAUUGGCUACUGCUUCUGUCAAUAACGGGGACGAUCGUUGAUUCGCGGUUGCGGCUGUGAGUCACCGCAUUCUGGCGGCAAACUAUCAACUUUCUAUGUCGCGAGCCUAUAGCUAGUGAAACCCCGCCAAGUUAUGCUGAAGUUUAUUUUACCUCAGAAGACAUCACCUGAAAGAAACCGCGACGCGAAGAGGACUUUUCUAAUGGUUAUCUUCACUACUAAAUAGGUAAGUAAUUUUUCUAUUCACACAAUUGAUCAAAUGUAUUAUUUAGUUUACAAUUUUAUAGCUAAAAUAUAUAAAAUGUGCAGUUUAAACACAAACGUGAACAGGGUAGAGUAAUGACUGCUAUAGUACUUGUAGCUUGGUAAUUAUGUACUGUACUUCUCCUGUUCUGUUGUUCAAGCAGGCUAAUGGGUUAAUACUACUGAGAUUAAACUUGCGUUGAUGUUAUUGUUGGAGUGUCUCGCAGUUUUAUAGUCAGUCCUGAGUGUUUUUGUAGUCUGGCUAAUUUUUUUUUUUUUUGCAUGUGCUUAAAACAUUUGUUAAUAUCGUAUUUCUGUCCGAAACGUGAGUUAAUUGUUGUCGUCUGCUUGUUAGCGGUAAGUUAAGUAAUUGUUUCAAGCUAACGUUAGCGAAUGUAAUGAUGGACAUUCAAUGGGCUCUGAAGUGCCAGCAGUUUCUUCUCUCAAAAUGAUUUCGCUUUUAGUGUUGUUUAGAAACUGUAUAAAAAGCCAAUACAUGGCUUUGUGUUUGGCCGUGUUUGAGGAAUGACAAGUGUUCCUCUUGUCAUGAUCUGAUAAUUUGACUGAUGUAUCCCUCAUUCACCCAAAUAGGUGAGUAAUAGUAAUAUAAUAUGAAUAUAGUGUAUUGUCAAAACACUUGGCCGAUGUAUUUUGUAAUUUUAUUUAGGCAUAGUGGCUGGGUAAGUUUGACUCUGUGUUAAAUAGUGAAGGCCUUUUUAACACAUGUUAAAAAGGCAUUCAGGCGUUGUUGCUCAACUGCGGGGGUCCUGUGCGGUCUAAUAGUAAGAACAAGGGGAACGAGUGGCAAGUACAUUGAUAGGUCUACCUGUUGUGGCUGAGUAGCCCCAUACUAAAGCCACAAUUGAUAUUGAGUUGGAGAACUGUCUUUCAUCACUCAUAGUUCACUAUUACAGUUGGGUUCAAAUAACCCUGUAUGUUGGGUUGUGAUGUAAACGCAGCACAUUUGGUCAGAUGAUUGACUUGGUAUUUCAUAAGUGAAGAAAUAUUUAGACUUUGUAUUUCACAAGUGAAGAAAUAUUUAUACGGUUAGUAACUGAAUGUGGCUGCAUAUACAUGGGGUUGGAAUGACAACAACCAGGACAGUUGCUCUGGAGCUGAUUUAGAGACCCUUGUUAAGGAACAUAUAAACAACAAUGAGCCUCAAAGAAAGGAGAGGAGGAAGGGGCAGAAAUCCUGAACAAGAUGCACUAUAUUAUAUUUCCAAUUCACUGGACAAAGUUGGUUUUCUAAAGAAGUUCAUUAACCCCUUCAAAGGUCAUGGAGUAUUCAGCAAUAGCUACUUUGGAAAAGGAGACUUCCUGCUGGAAUACAGAGGGGACUUUAUUACAUUUGAUGAGAGCAAAAGAAGAAGAAUACAAUACAGUGAUGCCCUUAAUGUUUUCAUGUUUGACCUAAGUUUCAAUGGGAAACUGUGGUGUAUUGAUGCAGCAAACACUGAAUCACUUGCCAGAUUUGUCAACGAUGACCAUAUCAAUCCGAACAGCAAAAUGAAAAGGCUAACAGUUGGAGGGAAGCCCCAUCUCUGUUUAUUUGCAACGUCCGACAUAAAACCUGGAGAGGAAAUUUCCUAUGAUUAUGGUGACUCGGACUGGCCGUGGCGAAAUAAGCAAAUCCAUGUCCAAGAAAUGUCCGUUACUACAGAGACCGAGAACACUGAAGAGCAAAUCCAUGUCCAAGAAAUGUCCGUUACUACAGAGACCGAGAACACUGAAGAGCAAAUCCAUGUCCAAGAAAUGUCCGUUACUACAGAGACCGAGAACACUGAAGAGCAAAUCCAUGUCCAAGAAAUGUCCGUUACUACAGAGACCGAGAACACUGAAGAGUGUCAGCAUAUUCUUGUACAUGCUGUUGCAUCCUCUUUGGACAAAUGCAAUGUCUGCAGUGGUGGCACAAUGUCAUCACUCAGGUGGUCUGGAAUGCAAUGUAAAGGUGUGUCUUUUCUUGCCCCGAUCUUCAUACUGUAUGAUAAAAACUGUCCACAACAAAAACAAUUCUUAAACAUCGAGACUGCUAGUACCAGUUGAUUUUGGAGAUGGGUUUGAUAUAUUUAUUUGUUUUUAUAAUCAAGCCAAUAUUUCAAUUGGCUUCUGAUUUAUUUAAAUGGAGAAACAAAGGUAGCCGGUUUCCAGACCUCAAUG